UUCGAUUUUAUUGCCCAUUUUGGCCUCAACACAAUAAGUCAGCAGCUCCCGAAAAGAAGGAUCAGAGAAUCUGAAUUCAUUAUUUUUCCGGUUCACGAAAGCAGUUGGUAGUACCUACACAAGGUGACUGAAAAACGCUACAUUGGACGGUUUUCUUUCUUUCUUUCUUUCUUUUUAUUUCUGAGAAUCCCUGAGUACUCUGGCCCCUGGCAGCGGACGGCGAACGUCAGUGGUGGCACAAACAGUGCAGUGGUAGAAGCCUCGACAUCCAUCCCUUCGACAACAGGACUCUGUGAGAGCAAGGAUGGUGCUUCACAUCUUCGCCGCCUUGGCAGGACUGGUGAAGGUCCGCGUCUCUCACACCGACAUCGACAGCCACGUCUUUCGGCUCCACUACAGGUUGACGUCGACCAUCCUGUUCAUCGCCUGCCUCCUGGUGGCGGCUUCGGAGUACAUAGGGGCGCCCAUCCAGUGUACCGCCGACGGGAAUCCUGUGGAUCCUCCCAUUAACACCUACUGCUGGAUCUCCUCCACGUUUACAAUAAAUACGACGACAGGUUUGGGAAAUCACAAGCUACCAGGCCACGAGGAGACAUACCAUGCUUACUACCAGUGGGUACCAUUCGUUCUCUUCAUCCAGGGAUGCAUGUUUUAUCUGCCACACCUCUUCUGGAAAGCCGUAGAACGCAAAACCGCGUACACGCUCCUCCAGGGCCUGGACUACUACAGCAUGGACCCGGACAUGGAAACGAAGAAGAAGAAUAUGAUCACGUACCUGAAAGCAUCGGCAGGCCAGAACGGGAAAUAUUCUCUGAUUUACCACAUCUUCGAGUUACUGAACUUCGUGAACGUCAUCGGACAGAUAUUCAUUCUGAACGAUUUCUUCGGUGGAGCCUUCCUGAAGUUUGGAACGGAGGUGGUAAAUUACGCCCUGGAGGACUCCGAGCAGGACCCUUUCCGCACGAUCUUCCCCAAGGUGACGAAAUGCACCUUCAGACGGUACGGUCUGUCAGGAAGCGUGGAAGUCCUGCAGCCGCUGUGCAUUUUGCCUCAGAACAUCCUUAACGAGAAAGUCUUCAUCAUCCUGUGGUUCUGGUUCAUCAUCCUAGCCACCAUCACUGGCAUGCAGUUGGUGUGGCGCCUCGUGAUCUGCUAUUCGCCAUUCAUGAGGGUUCGCCUUCUGGAGCAGCGCGGGAAGAUUAUGGUCACCGAUGGCCUGCAGAGGGCCAUCCAGCGCCUCCACCUGGGCGACUUCUUCCUCCUGGACAUCCUCGGCAGGAACUUGGACGCCUCUAUCUUCAAGGACGUGCUGAAGGACACUCUGGUGUCCUACGAACACGAGCCGAACACCGGACUCUAUCCUCCGCUCCCUUCGCCCGAUGAAGUGGAGCCCAUUGGCUUCACCCGACUAAAUUAGGGAGGGGGGGGGGGGGGACCACAUAUCCAAGAUCUUGCAGAAAUAGUUUUCUCGCCCUAUUUUCUUCUAGAGAAGUUUAACAGCUUCGACAGUUAUGAAGACCAUCAUAUGUAUAAUUAUGUGCGCGCAAUCAGAUGCAUGAAUGCAUUUAUGUAUGAGCAUCUUCAAUACAAAUACUCGUAUGAUAUACAUUUGUUUAUAUAUAUAUAUAUAUAUAUAUAUAUAUAUAUAUAUAUAUAUAC